AUGAUCUACAGAUAUCUACUUGCCGAGAAGAAGUUUCAAAAUAUCACCAUCUUUGAGCAACGCAAUCAACCUGGUGGUGUCUGGAACUAUACUGGCGACGAAGGAAUCAACAAUGCAUCGGUGAUUCCCCGCACCAAACCAAGCCAGAAGCCUCAGCAAAAUGUCAAGGGAAACUUUGCAUCUCCUGUAUAUGACUCACUCGAAACAAAUAUUCCCAACUCGAUGAUGCAGUUCAUCGACUCUCCGUUCCCCGCCGGUACCUCGUUGUUUCCAGCACAUGGUGUUGUGAGGAGCUAUCUUCACCAAUAUGCAGAGGAGUUACUGCCGUGCAUACGUUUUCAGUCAUUGAUACUGGAUGUGGUACUGUCAACGAAACAUCCCAAGUCAAAAUGGACCGUGACUUGGCGUGAUUUGAAGGCCCAGAGCGUGUUGGUCGAGCAGUUCGAUGCUGUGGUCGUGGCCAAUGGUCAUCAUAACGAUCCAUAUAUUCCCGAGAUUGAGGGCCUUGCAGAGUGGUCUCAAUCAUUCCCGGGAUCUAUCAUUCAUUCCUCAACGUACCGGCGUGCCGCAUCUUUCGCGAACAAGAAAGUCAUUGUCGUCGGGCAUUCCGCAUCGGGAAUUGAUAUCGCAAAUCAAAUCAGCAAUGUCUCGAAACACCCACUGCUCAUUUCCGAACGGACAGCAACAGCCUUGUCGCCAGCACAAGCUGUCACUGCCAAAAGCCUCCCGGAAAUAAGUUUCCUCAACGCUAAAUAUCGCCGUGUGAAAUUCAUCAAUGGCCACGAGGAGAAAGACGUCGACCACAUUGUUUUCUGCACGGGAUACCACUUCUCCAUUCCGUUUUUGUCGACACUGCGGCCGUCCAUUGUCACGGACGGCGUGCGCCCCCACCAUUUGUACCAGCAUGUUUUCUACAGCAAAGAGCCAACUCUUGCGCUGAUAGGUUUCCCGCAGCGGAUUGUUCCAUUCCCGAUCAGUCAAGCACAAGGGGCGUGGGUGGCGCGGGUGUUUUCAGGACGAGUGUCGCUACCUUCCGAGCUUGAAAUGGAGCGGUGGAAUGUGGAGUGGGCGGCAGCACAUGGCGAAGGGCGCAGUUAUAAUAUCCUUGCUUUCCCGCUUGAUGCAGAUUAUAUCAAUUCGUUGUAUGAGUUGAGCUCGCGUGCAUCUCAGAAGGAAGGGCUGGAAAAUGAAGGACGUGGAAAGGAACCACCCUUCUGGGGGGAGAGAGAAAGAUGGACGCGGGCCAGGUUCCCGUUGAUUAAGAAGGCAUCGCAGGCUCUUGGUGAUCGGCGCGGGGAGAUCAAAACGCUGGAGCAGCUCGGAUUUGACUAUGAAAAGGAUGUUGCUCAGGAUGUCGGGGCGCGUCUCUAG